AUGCUCAAGUGGGUACAAGGAGGCUUAUCAGCCGUCGCCGGGACUACAGAGCCCGAGUAUGGGCCGGAGGCAAUUCAUCCCAUCACCAGGAGAGUCGACCCCGGCCACGUAUCUCGUGCCACCACCAAGCAGGAUUUCGAAUGGCAGUUGCUUUCCUAUACCAACGUCGAGACAUUGACCAUGUACUUCACCGACUUGUCGACCAAAAACAAGGGGUUUGCCCAGAUUAUAUACUCGCAGAUUAUGGGCGUUGUCAAUACGGCUCACUUCAACUUGCGUUGUGGCAAGCAGUGGUAUUCGUUGCCCUUGGAAAACUACAAGUUCACUGGCAAUGACGUUGCUGCAAAGAAUUUCUCGUUGAAGUUGAACGAGGACGGAACUAGCUACCACUUGAAAAGCGCCGUUGGCAACACUAUAGUUGACAUGACUUUCCAACGUGGUUCACCAGGGGUUAUAUUCGGUCAAGACGGAACUACGUUAUACGGAACCGAUGUGGAGAACCCCUGGGGCAAGAUGCGCCAUAGUUUCUGGCCCCGUUGUACCGUGGAGGGAGCCAUCAUCAACAACGACGUGGGCAAAGUUGAAUUGACGAGCCAGAGCAGCAAAGGUAUGGUUGUGAUGGCGUUGCAAGGGAUGAAGCCUCACCAUGCUGCGCUGUCUUGGAACUUCUUGAACUACCAAGGCGAUGAGUACUCUGCCGUGGUUAUGGAGUUCACCACUCCCAAAUCGUACGCCAAGACUAGAGUCAACAUUGGCAUCUUGGUUAAAGGAGACGAGAUUGUGGAAGCGUCGAUAGACAACGAAGUCAUCCACGAAGACCCCAGAACAAAUGACAUCUGGCCCGUGCCUCAAAAGAUCACGUUCAAAUUCCCCCACGGCGGCGCGUUAACUGCUCAAUUGGAGCACUUGGUUGAACGCGUUGACGUCAUGGCGGAAAUCCCCCAGUUUGUGAAAAACUUGGUCUCGAAUAUCUCCGGUGCUAAGCCCUACAUAUAUCAAUAUGCCGAGGACUUUGAAUUGCAAUAUAAAGGCAAUGUUGAAAAGGGUCCGGGUUAUUGUGAAGUGACUUUUAUCAGCGAAUAG